GUCUCAUUCUGCUUCUACUGACAUUGCUCCUAAGCUGAAAGUGCAAGAACCUUCCAUAUGGGUUUGGGGAAGACAUCCAAGGGGUUAUUUUCAUUGGGGGCUUGUCUGCCAGUCUUCCUGUUCUCAAUCUCCAUGCGGUGGUUGGAGUCAUUUUCAUCCAUGAGCUGGAAAGAGAGGACUUUAAGGAUACUUUCCCUUUCUCCAUGGAUGACCAUGAAGAACCUUCGUUUGACCCUCCCAUCACUUUCCAUGCCAAUCUUCUGGAUCACCCUGAUUUGCCCCGGUGGCUACGCUACAUUCAACGUACCCCCUUUGACACAGGAUACCUCUAUGGGUCUGCCACAAGUAAGGACGUUGGCAAGCAGACUAUUGAGGUGAUGGCCUAUAACAGAUACACAUUUGAGACUGUGAGGCAAACCAUGGAAAUACGCAUUUCCUCAUCUCCAGAGGGAGAGAUGCCAUACCAAGCUGACUUCCUUGUGAAAAACUGGGAUGUGGAGGAAAUGCUUCCAAAAGAUGCCCAAGAAUCCUUUCAAGAAGCUGUGGAUAGCAUGUGGGAACAAGAAGGCUUGACUGUCAUCAAUAUUACCUCAGCGUUAGACCGAGGAGGUCGUGUACCUUUGCCAAUUGAAAAUAGAAAAGAAGGGGUUUACGUCAAAGUGGGGUCCAAGGAUCCAUUCACUACGUGCUUAACAGAAGCAAAGUCACCUGACAAUCUUUACCGAUGCAGGCUUGAGCAACAGCCUAUCAUUACCUGUUAUGAUAGCUUCAGUCCUCGAUUCCAAGUUGAUUGGUGUAACCUUACUCUGAUAGACCUUACAACUAUAAAUGCCACAGAAAUGGUACCAGUCUAUGGAGAUGGAGUACUUGAAGAGGGGACUGAAUUUAAUCCUCCUGACGAUGCUCCUGACAGGAUGUUUUUCAGUGAUUUCUUACUUACUUUUCUUCUUCCAUUCCUCUUGGGCUUUCUCCUCUUUCUAAUCUUGGCCUACAUCAUGUGCUGUAGACGGGAGGGCGUGCACAAGAGGGACCUGAGCACCUCAGACAUCCAGAUGGUGCAUCAUCACACAAUCCAUGACAACACAGAGGAACUGAGGCAGAUGGCUGGUACUCGGGAUGCGCCCCGUCCCCUCUCCACUUUGCCCAUGUUCAAUGUCCGUACGGGUGAGAGAACGAAUCCCAUGCAAAGUAAGCACUAUGACAGUGCCCAGGUGCCUCUCAUCUUGGCUCAACAGUGAAUAAGUGAUUAGGUCAGACUGUGCCCAUUUUUACUGAGAAGAGUUUUUCCACCAAAGAUGUUUCUCAAGAUUGAGUCAACUUUUGACAAAGCUUGGUGUGAUAGUUUUGCCUUUUUUGCAGUUUUUUAUGUUGAUAACGGUGAAGCUUGGAAAUGAAGGAUGUGUGUUUAUUCAGUAAUUCUUGGUAUAAGUUUGUAGGGUGGGUUUUGAGCACUUUUGUUGCUACAUAUUCAAGGGAUGGGAGAUUCAAGCUAAUACAGUAAUACUGUGUGUUAGAGAUGCCUAGCCUUGCCACAGAACUAUAUUUUCCAAACGUCUUUGCCAAAAGCUAUCACAGUUAACAUGUGUUAGAUAUUAUAGAAUAAAUAAUUUCCCUCCCUCUUCCUCUUGUAACUUGGCAUGAUAAAUGAUCAACUCUUCUUCCUGUAUUUUGUUUUUCUCAGUGAAUAAACUGGCAAAACCUAGA